CGCCAGGCACCGCCAUAGGCACCGCCGGCCAGGCACGACGUGCUGUGCGUGCGUCGACGCCGCGUCGACGCCGACCCCCGGGGGAGGCAUUACCGUUUAGCGCGGCAGUAACGAAUAGAGUGCGCGGCCAGAGUGCCGCACCGAGGCCUUGCCGCCGAGGCCUUGCCGCCGAGGCCUUGCCGCCGAGGCCUUGCCGCCCUCCAGGCCGCCCAGGCCCCCAGGCCGAGCCAGGGCGCGGCGCGCCGCCACCCUGGGCGGCCCCGACAUGGAUUACCGGCCCUCCGACCACAUCCUGCGGGAUACCUCUGGCUAGGGGCGCAGGGUUCCCUCAGGGGCCUCGGGACACUCGAGGCGGGGGGCUCCCCCCUCCCAACAGUACAUUUCCCAUCGUCAUCUAGGAAAACAAAGGCAAAAUGGAGCAGUUCGAGCAAUUGCUGACGUGCGCCAUCUGCUUGGACCGGUACCGCAACCCCAAGCUGCUGCCAUGCCAGCACUCCUUCUGCAUGGAGCCCUGCAUGGACGGCCUGGUGGACUACGUGCGGCGGCAGGUGAAAUGCCCCGAGUGCCGCGCGGAGCACCGCAUCCCGUACCAGGGCGUGCAGGGCUACCCCACCAACGUGACGCUGCAGCGCUUCCUGGAGCUGCACAUCGAGAUCACGGGCGAGCUGCCCGACCCCACCGCCGGCCAGAUCAUGGAGCGGUGCGGGGUGUGCUCCGAGAAGGCCUACUGCGGCAUGUGCGGCCACUGCGACAAGAAGAUCUGCCAGGACUGCAAGGGCGCGCACAUGGACAUCCUGCGCCGCGAAAUCGCCAGGAUAAAUAACCAGGUCCGGCGCGCGCUGCACCGCCUGCAGGACAUGCUGGCCAUGGUGGACAAGAACCUGAUCCUGCUGCAGCAGAACUGCGGCUCGGUGGCCGAGGAGGUCGACGAGAUCGACCGCCGCCUGGCCAAGGCCCUCAAGGACCGCACCGAGCACCUGCGCCAGGAGCUGGACCGCUACCUCAGCACCGAGGUCCGGAACCUGACGCAGCUCAAGGAGAACCUCGAACUCGAGAUCUCCAACAUCACCUCCAACUGCGACCUGGCCGACAAGCACAUGACCGAGUCGGUCGAGUGGGACGACAACGAGCUCAUGGACGCCAAGGAGAUCUUCCUCAAGACGGUGGAGUUCAUCCGCAACUUCGAGACGGAGACGGGCGACUACCAGCGCCGCGUGCGCUUCACCAUGGCGCACGACCCCAACCAGCUGGUGAACCAUGUGGCGGGCUUCGGCGACCUCAACAUCAACCACCCGCACACGACGGCGCCGGGGCUGACGGGCAGCGCGUCCAUGGGGCUGCUGCAGACCCCCGGGCCCGGCCUGAUGCGCUCCAAGUCCGACCACCGCCUGGCCACGCAGUUCCGGCAGCAGGAGGAGCGCGACGAGGACCCUCGCGGCGGCCGCCUGUCGCCGCUCGCCGGCAGGAAGUUCGGCGAGCGGCCCGCGCCCAAGCCCGCCGCCACCGACAGGUACGAGGGCCGCUACGGCCGCGGCGGCGAGAGCGGCUACGGCGGCGACUACGGCGACUACGACGCGGAGGGUGGCAGCCGGGCGGGCCAGGUGCGCUCCAAGUACCGGUCGCGGUUCCGCCGCGACGCCCAGGACGCCGCCGAGCCCGAGCCGGACACCGGCAGGAACGUGCGCUUCCAGGAGCAGCAGAACCGCGAGCGGGAGCGAGUCCUCGACACCGAGGACGUGUCCAAGGGUCCACUGUCGGGCAUCACCCGCCUGUAUGACGUGCCGCGCGUGAUGAAGCGCCUGCAGGAGUCGGAGCUCAAGGAGAAGAACAAGGGCAAGGAGCCGCCCACGCCGCCGCAGCCCGCGCCGCAGCAGCAGCAGCCAAAGAAGACGGUGACUCAGCGACAGGUCAGCGAGGAAGACGAGAUCGCCAAGAUCAAGCGGCAGAACAAGAGCGGCGCCUCUUCCAGUGACGUGGCCGCGGCCGUGCCCGAGGCCCGCGAGCCCGCCGCGCCGGUCAGGCCCGCCCCGGACCGCGUCGCCUCGCUCAAGAAGGCCGAGGAGGAGCGGCGCCGCGGCAGCAGCCACGAGGGCUCCAGCGACAACGACUCCGACGACGGCUCCAGCGUGUCCUCCAUGCAGGGACAGCGCAAGGGGUCGCUGAGGGCGCGGCUUGGGGGCGCGUCCCCGCCCCUCACCGUGCCGCCCCCCGCCAAGCCCCGCUCGGGGUCCACCGACUCGGCCUCCACGUCGUCCUCCGAGUCCUCCAGCCCCGCCAGCAGCACCGCACGCAACACGGGCGCGGCCUUCUCCACCGAAGAGGUGAAGCAGAAGUACUUGUCGCGGGGCUCGGCGACGCCGUCCACCCCGCCCGCCGCCGCGCCGGCCGCGUCCAGGACGCAGCAGGACACGACGCCGCCGCGCUUCCAGAGCAGGUUUCUGGGAGGCAACCGGCCGCAGCCCGACAAGGCCAAGGACGAGGAGGAGGACGACGACACGGAGAGCAGCUCGGAGGAGGAGACCGACUCCGACGAGGAGGAGGACAAGACCAAGAAGAAGGAGGAAGUGAACCGCAUGGACAUCGGGCCGCUGCUGGCCAGGAGUGCCAACGCCAGGGACUCGGCCACGGCGACGCGGCGCGACAGCAGAGACGACACCGGUACUCGGCAGUCGUCGACGGCGUCCUACCGCUCCCCGUUGUCCUCCCGGGACGACAGCGGCGGCUACCGCUCGCAGCGCGCCAGCAGGGACGAGUCCACGGACGCGCCCUCGUCGGCCGGGUCGCGGUACGGCUCGGCGGCCUCCACCACGUCCACGCCGUCGUCCUACACCUCCCGCUUCCUCAACAAGUCCAAGAGCUCCGCCAACGUGGACGAGGACGAGUCCUCGCGCGCCAAGACCGCCGCCGUGCCCGACGAGUCCACCAGGUACCCCAGCGGCCGCUCACGCUACGCGGCCCUCAAGGAGCGGCGCUCCCGCCUCGCGCGCUCCCGCAGCUCGCACAACAUGGGCGGCGCGGACGACAUGGACGACGCCGAGGACCUGUCCGCCACGACCAGCCCGUCGGCCUACUUGGCGUCGCGCGGCUACGGCUCCAGCCAGUCCGGCUCGGAGCUGGCCCGCUCCCGCUCCACGCACGCGCUCAAGUCGCGGGACAACUCGCCCGAGCGCGGCGGCGAGCGCGACGGCACGGCGCUCAGCUCGUGGGCCAGGACUAGAGCCCGCUCCGUCCACGCCCUGAAGAGUAGGGAGGCCUCCCCCGAGCGCGACACUGCCGACAGGGCCGACCGGGCCGAACGGGACGCCCUGUCCCAGGCUAACAUCAGCGCCUACAGGUCCAGAGCACGCCAGGCGGCGCUCAAGUCCAGAGAGACUUCCCCCGAACGGGGCGCUGAGAAAGACGCCAAUAGUCCAGCGCUCAGUUCGUGGGCGAGGUACCUCAAGAACAAGUACGGCCCCCGCAAGGAGGGCAAGGACGGGGCGGCGUCAUCGGCGUCCUCGGCGGCGGGCAGCGCGGCGUCCUCGGCGGCGUCGCGGCGCCUGUCCCUCGGCCUGCCCCUCAGCAGGCACAACUCGGCCUCCAUCGACUCUUCUGACGACGACCAAAAAAACCCGGUCGGCUCCCCCACCUCCCCUACAGCAGCUACGGCGGCAGCAGCAGCCGGUUUCGCAGCGGGCGCUACCUCCCCUAGGAGUCAGUACCUGCAGAAGCGACGACAGCUGUUUCAAAUCGGGAGUCGGGGGAGCGAGCCCGGAGCCUUCACCUGGCCGCGCGGCAUAGCCGUCGGCCCGGACAACACCUUCGUCAUCGCGGACUCGUCCAACCACCGCGUUCAAGUCUUCGAUUCCAACGGCAUCUUCGUCAAGGAGUUUGGUAGCUACGGCAACGGAGAGGGCGAGUUUGACUGCCUCGCCGGUGUCGCAGUGAACCGCAUUGGUCAGUUCAUCAUAGCUGACCGCUACAACCACCGCAUCCAGGUGAUGGACCCGUCCGGCCGCUUCUUGCGAGCGUUCGGAUCUCAGGGGACCGCGGACGGCCGCUUCAACUACCCGUGGGGCAUCACCACCGACGCCCUGGGCUUCAUCUACGUCUGCGACAAGGAGAACCACCGCGUGCAGGUGUUCCAGUCGGACGGCACGUUCGUGGGCAAGUUCGGGUCGUCCGGCCGGGGCCCCGGCCAGCUGGAGCACCCCCACUACAUCGCCGUGUCGUCCACCAACCGGGUCAUCGUGUCCGACUCGAACAACCACCGCAUCCAGAUCUUCGACGUCAACGGCCGCGUGAUUACGUCAUUCGGCUCGGAAGGAUCUGAGGAGGGCCAGUUCAAGUUCCCCCGGGGCGUGGCCGUCGACGACCAGGGCUACAUCUUCGUCGGGGACUCUGGCAACAACCGCAUCCAGAUCUUCCACCCGGACGGCGCGUUCCUGCGCGCCUUCGGCUGCUGGGGCGCCGGCCCGGCCGAGUUCAAGGGCCUGGAGGGCGUGGCCGUGCUCAGCGACGGCAAGAUCCUCGUCUGCGACCGCGAGAACCACCGCGUGCAGGUCUUCUAGGCCUGCUUCUAGUCAUCGCGCAGCGGCAUCGUCCAAGCAUCACAACCACCGAAGGCGGAGGGGUCGGACAGCCGAGAAAAGAAACAGAAAGUCGAGGAUUCGAACCCGGGACAGAAGCGUAGAUGCAAAUCACGAGAAGUUUACUGGCCAGCUAAGACCUGAGUCUUAGCAGGUUACGUGAAAUCGAUUUGGACGGGGCAGUGCUGUUUGAGAUUUGAGAGAAUCUUGCGUUUUUGAUUGCGUAGUUUGGGGGAAUACUUUGUAUUUUGUUCAACCUGCGAAAAUUAAAGUUUGAUGUUUGUCUUUUGUACUACAGCAAAAUGCAUUAGGUUCCAGACAAAAAACCGUCAUUGCGCUCCCUGGCUUGUCCAUCGACACAGUCGUUGCCGUGCUCAUAUUGGCACGAGCCACAAAGCUGGAGCCGAACUCCUGCACAGCAGUUACUUGUUUUGGGAUUUAUGAAUGUGUAUUGCUUUGUGUGUCAGUAAUUCAAUAAACCUUAUGUGGAGACGAA